AUGGCACCGAACCUCAAGAUGAUGGGCUUGACGCUGUCUUUGGCAAUCAUCACACGCUCUGUGCUGGACCCUGAAGACUUUGUCCAAACGAGCCUCGUACGGGGCAUUUACGGCCUCUCGCAGCUCUUUUGCUACGGCGUGCUCCUGUAUCUUUACAUUAAGGCGAAAAACAACACGGAGCCUGGUGUAGUGACAGUGAAGGAAGUAUUGGGCUUUGGACAGACAGGAGGCCGUGAUGAGAAGAUCACAGUGGCUGAGCACGACCAACGUAUGGUCGUGAAGGACAUCCAACGUUACGCUUUAGGUACCGCAAUGACUGUGUUGGUGCACUGGAAGUGGGGCUUCUUCCCACCACUUGUGAUUCAGGCUAUCACGCAGCCUUUCAACCUAUUCCAGUCACCGGUUGUCAAGGUGACGCUGCUUAAAGAAAAAGCUUGGGGUGAUCUACGUCGCCCGUGGACGGAUCGCAAUGAUAUGAGCAAGUCCAUUAGCUCGUGGAACAACACUAUCAUGUCAGCGCUCGGCGAAGCACCCGUUAAGGUCAACAAGAAGGUCAGUAAGAAGGCUGUCAAGCGCAAAAGUAAGUAG